AUGGGGGAUGAAGCAUCGUUGAAGACAGUCGAACGCCCUACUUGCGCUGCUAUUGCCCACGAAACUCGGUUACCGGAGUGCUACGACGACUGGAUCUUGCCAGAGUGUUACGACCAUUGGGAUCUACCAGAGGUCUACAUUCCAGUUGCCAAUCCCAUCGAACCCGGCCAGCGACCGUCUAGGCAAGAAAGGGCGAACAGAGUACAGGCACCCGCAGCUUUGGGCGAAAAGCAGUUCCCUCCUCCAAGAUCCUGUUGGCGACGACACUGGGCUUGGUGGAUACUUGCUGUUGUACUCGUUGUAGGAGGGGCAGCUGGCGGUGCCAUAGCCGGUGCUCUCACUCUAACGCGUCGCCAAGGUUUGGACGGCUCAGUCGUAUCAGCGUCACCAACACCCAUCGAAACGUUAUCUGGGACCACAUCCCUAUUUGGAUUGACCCAGCCCCACGGCGCCACGUCGGGCGCGGCAUCACAAAACACACAAGGAACAACAACAACAGCAACAGCAGCCGGAAUCCAAGCUCCUACCGUGCCGACUGACUCGCGCUCAACGUCUACAUCCACAGGCUCAGGCCUCUUAUCUUCAAAGCCACAGAUACAAGAGACCACCACUUCAGCAACAGCCCCUCAGAAAGACAGCGAGACCGGUACGUUGGGGGCAACCCAGACUCAACGGUCAAUCUCCUUGCCAGCGCCAGGCACAACAAUCGAGGGAUCCCCAGCAACGCCAAUCAAAAGUCCUUCACCGUCCUCCAACAGUCCUGAGCCCGCCCCUCUGAUGGGUCAGCCAUCGAAGCCAACACGCGCUGUCCAGAUCGGAAGGGCAUCUCGGCCCGGAGAGGCCCGUGACUUGCUAGAGAUCGCUUUCUAUCCCGAGAGUCCAUGUGACUACGAAGUAAUAGGGAACUAUGGCACCUGGGUCUGCGACACGCCGUUCGCGCUGGGUGGAACAGAAUACCAGUGGAAAGGCUGUGGUAGCUAUACCUGGUUGGUUUGGGGACCAACUCAGGAGAGAUUUGGAGCGUGUGCGGAUAAGGUGACUGCUAAGACGCUUUGUGGCGGUUUGUUGGUGAUAGGGGUUUGGUUGUGUAGUCCGGAAUAG